AUGUUGUCUAACCUCAUCAACGGCAUAAUAGCUGUUGCCGGAGGCCACUCAACCACAGACGCGAACGAUGCCCCCACCCACUCGCCGACUCUCGACCUGCCUCCACUUCCCUUGUCUAGGGACUCACCACCCGCCUCAAGAUCCACCCCCACUGUCAUAGACCUCUCUUCGCCCACAAAGCCCUCAAGGAAAUUCCAGCGCGACGAGCAACCGUCUGGGAAAUCUCUCCCACGGUCAUCAAAACGUGCUAUAAGCGAGGACGAGAGACGCCUGGUUGGUGAUUACGAAAUUCCAGCAGAUGCGGUUUCUAUACCCAACCCGUCGUCCUGGAUGUCGGAUCAGCGAACCAUGCACAGCAAGCCGGGCGCGAACAAGGGAUAUAGGCCAGUCGACACACUCAACGGCGUAGCUCGAGCAGUAAUUCGGAAGCCUACAACGUACGGGAAACAUGCUCGUCCCCGCUCCGGGUUAAUAGGCCAGUCGCCAGGUCCAGGUCAGAUAGCCUACUCCGAGUUCCAACGAAGCAAAACACCUACCACACCAAGUCGACAUGGACUGUCACGAGGCAAAGAGGAUCAAUGGUCUGGUGGACCUGCAUCCGCAAAGCGCAGGAAGAUUGAGCAUGUUAUAAACCUAGACGAAGAGGAAGACGAAGACGAUGAAGCCAUGGUGGUGACACGGUCUGAAGCGUCUACUCCUCGCAGACCAUCUGAUGAAAGACCAAUCUCGGCCAUGUCAUCGCAAUCACGUCUCAAUAUCGGAAGUGGGAGUACCGGAGCUGAAUUCAAGAUACACCGAGCCACAAACGAGUUCCGAGAAGUUGAUGGUCUCAUGAAUCCUGGAAAGAAGCCCAGACAAGCAAGUUGCAACAAGCGCCAAGCUCGCCAGAACCACUCCCCUGUCCGCCGUGACACCUUGUCUGGGGAAGCCCACCAGUUCAUCAUACGGAGUUUGAAGCAAGGCGAGCCUCCCCAGAAAUCCGUAGAGCGACAAGUCGCAUCUAAACAUUUCCCUGAAGCUCGAAUCAACGAAUCGACUACAGAGCAGCCAAGUACCAACCACUCCUUCACUAGCAACAGCGCUAAUCUCCGUACUCAACAUCGGCCGGUGCCUAAGCAAUUAGACCAAAUGGAAGAAAGUGACAGCGCCGAUGAGCUUGCCAUUUCACCCGUUGCUACCAGGAAGCAGACACUAUCACCGUCAAAAGUGAAGAAGGCUGUGCAAAGUGGUGCCAAACGAAAUGGACACAGUAAAACCAGUGGCGAUUCUUGGCCGUUGUCAUUCGCAAGAUCAUAUGGCUUUGAGGGGGCCGGCUCCAAAAUGGAGGAUGGGCAUGAUACUCUGGUUCUGCGAAGCGACCCGAAAGGUUUGCGCCUCCAAAAGUACAGCACAGAGGGCUAUGAGACAAUAAUCUUAAUCCAUUCUCAAGAAGUCAAUAAGGUCCAUGCAGACGAGACAAGCCGUGUUCGCCUAGAGGGACCUAGGAAUGCAAAUGGCAAUAUCCCCAUAUUUGAUCUCGAGUUUCUCAACUCGAAUGACUUUUUGGCAUUCUGCAAUUCACAUGCAGCGUCUCUGACCACGAGUGGCAAGAUUCUUUCCAAAGACAAUGAACAUAUGCGCCGACUGUUUGCCGCGCCUCUCCGAGCAAGGAACGAUAAAGUAGCGAUUUCUGAAAUCUCAGAUAACGCUGUAAACGAUCCCAAGAGUCAUGAUACGCAUUCUGAGCAAGCGGAGAGGCCACUUGGAGUUCAAGAGCAGCGCCACGAAAGGGGUGUCGAAGACAGAUCCACCCUUAACACUACGAAAACAGCCACAACACUGAGCCGUUCAUCUCGCUCACGACCAUUGGCGUCCACACGUCUUGGAAGGGAUAGUCCUGAUAUUGUUGAGGUGCCAAAAUACUCUAUCGACAAAGGACUAGGACGACCCUGGACCAAGUCCCUUGAGUAUGGGGAAGGCCGCCAGCGCGCUAUAGUGCACUUUGAUGACUUGCCACGCCUGGACGAAGAAGAGUACUUGAAUGACAGUCUAAUAGACUUCUACAUGAUCUAUCUCUUUAAAAAGCUGAAUGUUUCUGCUGACAAGGUCUAUUUCUUCAAUACCUACUUCUUCACCAAACUCACAGAUAAUGCUGGCCGCAAGUCGAUGAAUUACAAAGCCGUUGAACGCUGGACAUCCAAGAUUGACAUCUUCACUUACGAUUACAUUGUUGUACCAAUCAAUGAAUCGCAGUCUCAUUGGUACUUGGCGAUUAUUUGCAAUGUCUCAAACAUCCAGCGCAAACCUAUAGUCGAAGAUUUCGAUGACCCACAGCUUCAUAUACAGGAAACACCCGAAUUACCUACCAUAUCAGCUACAGCAAGCGAUGGGGAAGAGCGCAAGAGGUUGCAACCGGGGUCAAAUCCAAACUCACCUGCGAAGAUCGAAGAAGUGCACAGGCAACAAGAUGAAGAUCCCAACCUCUUCGAUGAAGCGACAAUAUCCCUAAUUGACCGCAAUGACCCUGGAUCAAGAGUUCGACCCCGGACUGGGGUUGACAAAUCUAAUGCAGUCAAUCUGGAAUCGGAAACUGAACAUAUGGAGACGCCGCAGACCGCUAGUGAUCUAGAAGCCCUAUCCCGAAGGAAGCUGGUGCAAUCAAGUCUAUCGUUUGCCAAGAACAAGAAUAAACGUAAAGCUGUCCCUAAGAGAGAUCCUACUCAACCAGUAGUUGUUGUUCUCGAUUCUCUCGGGGGGAUUGCCCGUAGUGGGGCAGUUCGCACCCUCAAAGACUGGAUAGCAGCAGAAGGCAAAAGCAAGCGGGGCAUGGAGGCAGUCAUCAAAGAGAACGGCUACUACCCAAAAGGUUCCCAGAUUCCCAUGCAGAACAACUGGACCGACUGUGGCGUUUAUCUACUCGGUUACAUCGAGAAGUUUUUCCAAAAUCCGGACGAGUUCAUGCACAAGCUAUUGACGGGAUCCAUGUCGGCCGAAGAAGACUGGCCAGAGCUCAACCCUUCAACUAUGAGGCAUAAGAUGCGAGAAAUCAUAUUCGAAUGUCACAAGCAACAAGAGGAGGCAAGAGCGGCCCAGAAAAAGGCAAAGAAGGGGUCGAUGCAGUCGAAGGUUUCGCCUGAUCCGGCAUCAAAACAGGCGACUCAGGAAACCGCUUGCGAAAAAUCGCUGGGCCCAAUGACAGAGGCCAAAAGUGAUAAGCAUGCUACUGGUGGAGAUGACCUACCGCGAGCUGAAUUGUCUCCCACUUUACCUCUUCCAAGACUCGGUUCGCCCUUUGAGCCUGAAAAGGACAGCUCAGCUUCAGUCAAGCACUCGUCGCAGGGAGGCGCAGCUAAAGAUCCAGACUCAUCCCCAACCACCAAGUCUCCUGCCAAACCAGGGUUUGCUAGCCAUUCUAAAGUGUCACCGAGACGCUAUAGUCCAGAGGUCCGCAUAAACAACAGGACUGUUCAGCCACACAACUCAGUCGAUGACACGCAUAGCAGUCCUGACAGACUUACUAGCCACACCAGACAUAUUGAUCAAAAGGACCAAGAAUCUCGCUCGUUUAGUCUGAGCAAGCGUCAAAGACAGGACAACCACAACCAUCCGACGGGCUCACCAAAUGCCAAAAGACCACAGAUGGAUCCAUCAUUGAGGAAAAAGAGAGACGGAAAUUCUGGAACCAAGGCUCAGUCCUCACGUAGCGGUGAGGGUAGCGCGCCGGAUGUUCCCAUUGAAAUCAAGGAUUCGCAAGAGAUGGAAAUUGCGGGCCGUGGGCUGUGUCCUCCUUUGCAGCCUCGUGCCAGCGCAUGCCACAUUCCAUCAUCACGACCACCAAGGCCGAUACAGAUGCUUCAACCCUCACCUUCCUUUGAGGAAAUUCCCCGACUACCACCGCGCAGCAAGAUCGUCGAGCUCAGGAAAAAGGGCGCAUCAACUGGUGGCCAGGCAGAUGACGAUUACGAGAGAGACCAUGCUCGUCGAUCCAGAGCACCGGGCCCAAGCCAGCCCAGCCAAAACUUCCAACGCGGCGAAGAGGGCACCAAGGACCCCGUAGAAGCAAUUUCACAAUCCACCGACCAAAUGCAGCUUGACGGGACUCAAGAUAGUAUAAUAGUGCGAGAAACACCUGAGCCAGCGAGGAGUCCCAUCAUUACAUAA